CCCAAUAGCGCAUACGAAGCACUCACUGCAGAAAUCGCCAUUUCCAAACAAAUAGAACUUCUGCAAAAUUGAACUGCGAGGGUUUAUCGAAUUUGCAGAGAAUCGAUCAGAGACAACAACAACAACAAUGGGAAGCAGAUUAGGAAGAAGAGUUAUCAACUUCGCAAACCUACCAAUCAAACUUCUCAUGCCAACAACCUUCACAAACAUUCAAGAAAUUGCUCUCAAAACCAUUCCUUCAGCCACCAAGAUCGAGAUCAAACGCGUUCUCGAAUCUCUCUACGGAUUCGAAGUUGAUAAGGUUCGUACAUUGAAUAUGGAUGGAAAGAAGAAGAAACGCGGUGGAAUAUUGAUUGCUAAACCUGAUUACAAGAAAGCUUAUGUAACCCUAAAAAAUCCACUUUCAAUUGACCCGAAUCUUUACCCGAUUCGAGUUAUUGAAGAGGAUAAGAAGAAUUUGAAUAAACAAGCUAUGGCUAGUCUUGUUGAGGAAGCUCCGAAUAAAAGUCAUUGGCUUGAUGAGAAAAAGGAACGGGUUAAGCCACAAAAUGGUUAUAAUAGGGGACGGUUCGAUGGUUCUGGAUCGAAUAGGGAGAGCCGUGGACGGGUUGAGCGUCAUGAUUCGAACCGGUCUGGUGAUGGUUCUGGUGCCAAGUUUCCCUGGACUAAUAUGAGGAGGAUUGUUACUAGGUAGUGAUUGUUAACUUGUUUGUUUUGUUUGAGUAUGGAAAUUGUGUUAUGGGUUUUGGUUGUUUAUUGGGUUUUUUUAGUGAUGAUAGUGGUUUUUCUGAUGAAUAAAUUUUUGUUUUGAGAUGUUACAUUUGAGGAUUAACUAUUAUGUUAUUGGAAGUAGCAAGGAAUAUGUAAGAUGUUAUUAAAUUGGAAAAACAUGUUGAGAUGAAUUGCGAAAUCAAUGCAUUGAUGUUAACUGUUGGGAUGAAA